UACGUAUUUUAUAAUAUUGUAUGUUUCUGAAGUUAAUUUUGCACUAUGUCUCAGCAUCUCAAAAACUGCAGUUGUUUUGGGAUUUUUAUUGUGUAUAGUGCCCAUCAAAGGAGUCACUGGGGCUGAUGAGCCAGCUUUUAUUUGCAGAAAAGGCUAUUCAGCUAUAAAUUGCCAAUUUGUUGUCGAUUAUGAUGGGCAGUUCAGAGAUGUAGUUGCUUUUGUUUAUUCAAAUUCUACUUUAAAACAAACGAUGGAAGCUGAUCCAGUUGCCGGUUUUCUUUUUUGUGAUUCAGGAUACGGGUUAUCGCCAGUCAUGAUUACACCAUUUAGUCCUGCAAUAACCCCUGAAGAAAUGUUUUUCAACAAAACCCACUCAAAGGUUCGAAGUAGAAUAGAAUGUUGUAUUGGCAGUCUCAAAAACAGGUGGGGAUGUCUACAUAAAAGUGGCGGAACUCUUCAAUAUUCUCCUACCAAGUGCUGUUCGAUCAUUUAUACUUGUGUAUUACUUGAGAAUAUGUGCAAUUCAUUGGGUUUAGAAGAGCCAGAUAAUGUUGUAGCUAGCGACAAUGCAGUUGGUAACACUGAGAUGAUAACAGAUAAUAACAGCACUGAAAAUAAUAGUAAUUUUUAUCACGUUGGUCGAGGACAAAUCAACCAAAUUCGACUUGGUUUAACUAGAAGAAAUGAUUUGAAAAACUAUAUGUUUGCCAAUAGACAUGCUUAUGUUUUAUAACGUUGUGUUAUUAGAUAAAACUGUUAUUUAAAAAAAAAACAUGCUUUCUUUAUUUAAGGAAUUUAGUGUGUGAAAUGAAAAUCUUUUUUUAAACUUUAAUAAUGAUAUUAUGUGUAUGUUUUUGUGUGGUGUCUACGUUUUGAUUUGAUGGCUAUCUUUGGUUUAGCUGUCUAUAAGUUC